AUGUUCAGCGUACCGGGCUGGAACGUCUCGGCGCCCAUUGCGGCUCAGGUCGAGCAGCCGAAGCCACAGGACCCGAACAAGCUCGGCAAGAAGGCGCAGAAGCGGAAGCGGGCGCAGGACGAGCAGGUCAACACCGAGGACCUGGGGAAGCUGUGGGGGGAGGCCGAGACGCAGAAGGCGCAGAAGGUGCAGAAGGCGCAGGCACCCAGGGCUGAGGCGCCGAAGAGCCAAGCGCCGAAGAGCCAAGCGCCGAAGGACUCGGAUCUGCCGGCGCGGGCGCUCGAGCGAGCAGCGCAGGACGAGGCAGAGGCGGCAGAGGCGGCAGCUGAGGGAGACAAGAAGAGCAAGAAGCGGAAGCGCGGGCCCCGAAAGAACGCCGCCAUGAAGGAGGCUGCCGCUGCAAAGGCCGCCGAGGCUGGCGUCACAGAGGGCGAUGCUGUCCCGGCAGGACCCAAGGCCGCCGACCCAGACUCCAAGCGCUCGAAGAAGAAGCAGAAGAAGGAGCACAAGGCGGACAGGGCGGACAAGGCGGACAGGGCGGACAAGGCGGACAAGGCGGACAAGGCGGACAAGCCAGAGACAGCCACGACGUCCAGCAAGCCCGUCGAGACGCCCGCCCUCAUGGACCCCGUGGCGCUGAUCCCCGAGCCCGCCGGCCUCACGCCCCUCCAGAAGUCGAUGCGCAGCAAGCUCGCCAGCGCCCGCUUCCGCCACCUGAACGAAUCGCUCUACACCAAGCCCUCGGCCGACUCGCUCUCGCUCUUCGCCGAAGACCCGUCCAUGUUUGAGGACUACCACCGCGGCUUCGCGCAGCAAGUCCAAGUGUGGCCGCAGAACCCCGUCGACGACUACGUCGAGUCCAUCCUGAAGCGCGGCUCCAUCAAGAUCGCCAAAGACCCGUGGCGCGCCCAGAUGCGCGAGCAGAAGAAAAAGGGCCCCGUCGUCGCCGCCCAAGACACCUCCGACGCCGACCGCCCCGUCAUCCCGCGCGGCAACAACAAACCACUCCCGCGAGUCCACGGCGGCAAAUGCCUCAUCGCCGACCUGGGCUGCGGCGUAGCCUCGCUCUCCUACCGCCUGCAACCACACCUCUCCUCCCUCAACAUCUCGAUCCAAUCCUUCGACCUUUCGCAGCCCUCCGGACCGAGCAAAUCCCUCGUAACCGUCGCCGACAUCUCUGCCCUCCCGCUGAAGGAAAACAGCACCGACAUCGCCAUCUUCUGCCUCGCACUCAUGGGCACAAAUUGGCUCGACUUCAUCGACGAGGCGUACCGCAUUCUACGGUGGAAGGGCGAGCUCUGGAUCGCCGAGAUCAAGUCCCGCUUCGGCCGCGUCUCCAACAAGAAGGCCAAGCCCAUCCCCAUAAACUCCAUCGGCAGCCUGAACAAGGGCGCCAAACCACCCAAGAAAAGCAAGACACCCAAAGACAAGAAGAAAGACGACGUCGAAGGCAUUGAAGACAGCGCCGACGAAGCUGAACUCGCACAAGCCGUCGACGGCGCCAGCGGCCCCGAAGGCACAGACGUCAGCUCCUUCAUCUCGGUGCUGCAAUCCCGGGGCUUCAUCCUCGACGCCCUGCCCGAGCGGCCGGGCGACGCCAUCGACCUCAGCAACAAGAUGUUCGUCAAACUACAGUUCGUCAAAGGCGCACAGCCCACCAAGGGCAAGAACGCCGGCACAGAGGGGACGAGCAGCGGCGCGCGAGGGAGUUUCAAAACGAGCAGUGCGCUGAGAAUGGGGAUCAAGGGGAAGAAAUUCAAUGCUGUUAGCAGUAAAGAGGAGGAGCAGGGAGGAGCAGAGAAGGACAGGGAGGUCCUAAAGCCGUGUUUGUACAAGAUUAGGUAG